GUGCCCGCGGACCGACGUGGUGACGUAGGCUGUCCGCCUGUUGGUGUUUCUCAGUUGGUGACGAGUGUUAUGAAGAUGGCCUCGACUCUGCCCGUCAAGAGCCAGAGAAGAUGACGCCCCGGGGCCGCUUGAGUCCGCUGAAGCCGCCCGUGUCAGGCCGGAACUCGGAGAAAAGAGUCAAGUGAACCCGGAGGAAGGAAGGAGGUUCGCGGCGGGAGACGGCGACGAGCGCCACAGUCCACUCCUUCUUCUCGUACGGCGGAGGCUCCACCAUGGAGGAUAUCAACUCUAAUAUCAACGCGGACUUGGAGGUGCGGAAGCUCCAGGACUUGGUGAAAAAGCUGGAGCAGCAGAACGAGCAGCUGAGGAGCCGCUCCUCGCUGCUGUCCUCCUCUGGGGCCCUGUCAGGGACCAACAGACCGCUCAGCGCCGGCUACGAGUCCACCGGGCUGGCCGGCUUUCCCGGGGUGGGGUUCGGCGGCUACGGAGGGGUGUUGGAGAACAGCCGCUGCCUGAGCCCCAGACUCUCCUAUGACGGGAUCAGCUUCAGGAGGCCGUACGACGGCGAGGGGGCGACCGCCCCGGCAGAGGCGGAGGGGGCAGCUUCGGUCCUGGACGAGGUGGAGAUCCUGGACCUGGAGGAGAUGGACUGUCUCAACGAGGAGGAGGACAGCUGGUUAUAUGAGGGUAAACUCAACAGCCCCCUUCAGAAAGCCUUGAGCCCCAUCGUUUGGUGUCGGCAGACUCUGGACAACCCCAGCCCUGAGAUGGAAUCAGCCAAGCGCUCGCUCAUCCACAGACUAGACCUCACCUUGUCAGCCAACAAGCGCAGGAGCCUGAACGGGAGUCCCUUCCUCCAGCAGAGCUACGGAAGCCCAUACAGCACAAACGCAGCCAACAGUCCAUACAGCAGCGGCUUCAACUCGCCCUCCUCCACCCCCAGCAGAGUGCCCAUUGUUAGGCAGCAGCUGAUGCCCGUAAACACAGCCCAGCAGCGAAACGCGGCAGCAGACAAGAACCCUCCCCCCGUCAGCCCCCAGUCCUCGGUGGACAGCGAGCUGAGCACAUCCGAGAUGGACGAGGACUCUGUGGGCUCCUCCAACACCUACAAACUCAACGAUGUCACUGAUGUCCAGAUACUGGCGCGCAUGCAGGAGGAGAGUUUGAGACAGGACUAUGCCGCCACCACGUCCAGGCGGAGCUCCGGCUCGUCCUGUCACUCUCUGCGCCGCAGCACCUUCAGCGAUCAGGAGUUGGAUGCCCACAGUCUGGAGGACGAGGAGGAGGCCCCACACGUGGCUUUCCCCCACUCCUCCACCAGAUUUAGCCCCUCCCCUCGCCACUCUCCUCGAGUGUCGCCUAGAAAUUCUCCCCGCUCGCGCUCCCCCGCUCGCUCCAUGGACUUCAGCCGCAGUUCGCCGCAGCCUGUCAUCAGCCGCCUGCAGCAGCCUCGCCACAGCCACGACCUGCAGACCGGCGUGGUGAAGAACGAAGAAAAGCUGCGUCGCAGUCUUCCCAACCUCACACGCUCCUCUACGGCACCGGCUCACGCAGCAGAACCCGCCAAGAACAGCCGCAGCUGCGAGUCCAACCUGCAAGUGCCAAACGGAGGCUCCCCCCGACACCAGAGCCAGUCUGCUACUCAUCUCCAGAGGUUCUCCACUCCUUCACUCUCGUCCCCGAAAACCAAACAGCAGCUCAAAAACCCGGCGUCCCUGCGAGUCCCACUCUCCUGUUGCUUUGGAGAAGAAGGGGAUUUCAUCCUUUCUCCCAGUAAGCUGCGAAGUCCCGCUACCUUAUCACCGCUGGCCUUGAAGCAGCCGCUCAAAGCCACCUCCACGCCCAACUCGGCCACCUCCACACCCACCCGCUCCCUGGCGACCCCGCGCAGCGGCCUGCCCAGACCCAGCGCUUCAUCAGGAGGAGGAGGAGGAGGAGGAGGAGGGCUCCCUCUGCCUCGGAGCAAGCUGGUCCAGCCUGUGAGGAGAUCUCUUCCUGCUCCUCGGACCUACGGCGGGACGGGGGACAACUGGAGGGAAGGCUGUUACUGAGGCCGGCCAGCAGGGGGCUCUGCAGCCACGCGAUCAAAACACGGCACUUUAUGUAUGCAGAAAACUUCUACAGUAAAGACGGAAACGAGUCCCAGAAAAACAUACAUGACCCCCCCCCUCUCUGUUCAGGCAUGUAGAGAAAAACACCCAGACAAUGCCAAAGAAACCAGUCCACCCCGACCGUCAACGGAGCACGCUCAGUUCCACCGCAGCCGUCUGCGAGCCCCCCCUCCUCAGGUUUUGUGUUCUGGGCAGGGAGGGGUCUCAAUGUGUGAAAGAAAGAAUGCACAACUUUCACAUCAGUCAUCGCAGCUGUUUGUCCAGACUGUCCUCAGUUCCUCCUCUAAAGUGCAUUUUAAAGCUCCACUGCAAGCUAACUCUCCAAGGCCUCCGUUUGCUUCUCCAAGUGUCAAAUCAGAGCGUGGGGGGUGGGGGGUGCAGAGAGCACAGAUCAGCGUCCUCACAGUCAGGAUGGUGGGGGUCUUCAACCAGUGCCUAUAAUUUAAACUUGGAGCAUUUUUGUGUUCAUGUUUUUGUGCCGGUUUGCCAACGUUGCUUUCAAUAUAUCCUGGUCUGUACUUUGAUAUCGGCCUGUUUGUUUUUGUAUCAGAAUCAACACAUUUAUAAUUGCUUUAAAACGCGCCUUUGUAUUUAUGGAAGAAAAGACUGGUGUUGUAAAUGAAACUAUUUAUUAAAGAGAGGUGCCUCUGUCAAAGCUCCCAUUGUGCGGGAAGUCGGGAUGAAUGUGGCUAAAAGACAAAGACCACACAUUUUGUGUGCAUGUUUUGUUAUGCGACUUUUUUUUAAAUCCACAAUCAUGUUUGGUUUCCCUGUGCAAAGCCACAUUUAAAAAUAAAAGAAGAAAAGAAAAAGA